AUUUUGGACAGCAGCACUGCAUCGAAAACGAAGCUACUACCUGUCAGGACGCUUGCGCCGAAUGAGAUGGAUAUGCAAAAGCCCAACGUGGAUGACCCCCGUCUGUAGUGGCAUCCAUCGCGUUUACGGAGAACGUGCGCCACUGGACUUCGAACUACCUACCUAGUCCAACGCCUGAAGAGAAGAGCCGAGGAGCCAAGCGCUCAGGUAUAAGUAAGCGACGCCCUAGAAGUCUUGUUAAAUGCUUGUUGAUCGCCCACGGCUUGUUUCUUCCCGCAACGGCAUCUCCACUACGAGCUGCAAUUAUGGCCGCCAAUCCCAAUCUUGUGGAAAAGGACAUUGAGUCUGCAUCUGAGUCCUCACGCCAUGCACCAUGUGCUGAAGGGUACACUGCGCCCACGGCCGAGGAUGAAGCAACCCUGAGGAAGGUCGCUGGGGGCAUCCCACCUAUUGCGUACCUUAUUUGUGUUGUCGAACUUGCGGAGCGUGCAUCCUAUUACGGAGCGAAGGGGGUUUUCAACAAUUUCAUGCAGUUCCCUCUGCCGAAAGGGGGCGAUGGAACAGGUGCUGUACCGAAGGCCAACCCCAAUGGCCACGCCGGUGCACUGAACCAGGGUCUCCAGUUAGCUUCAGCUAUGACCAUCCUCUUUACCUUCCUCUCCUACACGGUUCCAAUCUUCGGCGCUUGGCUUGCAGAUGCCAAAAUCGGUCGUUUCAAGGGCAUCGUCGCGGGUGUGCUCAUCGGUGGUGUCGCCCACGUCAUCAUGAUAGGUGGUGCUGCUCCAGCUUUACUGAAGGCUGGGAAGGGCGUUGCGCCUUUCCUGAUCAGCUUUAUUUUGCUCGCUAUCGGUGCGGGUAUCUUCAAGCCACUCGUUGCGCCCACCUUAUUGGACCAAUAUGAACACCAGAAGCCUUACACGACGACGCUCAAAAGCGGAGAGAGGGUCAUAAUUGACCCUGAAACCACCAUUCAGCGUAUUUUGCUCAUCUUCUACGGCUUCAUCAACGUGGGUGCCUUUUUCGCUAUCGCAACAACGUACGCCGAGAAGUACCUCGGCUUCUGGAUCGCUUUCCUUCUUCCUGGUAUCGUCUACUUCUUGUUACCCAUCCUCUUGUUCUUCAUGAACAAACGUUUGGUCAAAAAGCCUGCGGUAGGGUCAGAGCUUACACAGUUCUUUAAGAUCAUCGGUGCUGCUGUCAAGGGCAACAAGGGCAAGCUAUGGGGCAAGGGUUACUGGGACGCUGCCCGGCCUGCGACACUCGCUGCUAAGGGGCGCACCGUCACUUGGACCGACAAAUCUGUCGCGGAUGUUUACCGUACGCUCGAAGCCUGCCAAAUAUUUUUAUAUUUUCCCCUCUGGUUUCUGAACGAUGGAGGUGUUGGCGCAGUUCAGUCCAACCAGGGCGCCGCCAUGACCACCAAGGGUGUACCCAACGAUCUGCUCAGCAACUUCAACCCUCUGACAAUCAUUGUCUUCACGCCUAUCCUCAGUCACGGAUUUUAUCCACUACUCAGACGCUACAACAUCAAAUUUGGUCGUAUUAACCGUAUUACCACUGGUUUCAUUAUUGCAGCCAUCUCUGGUUGUGUUGGGGCGAUAGUCCAAUGGCGCGUCUACAAGACGUCACCCUGCGGUUACCAGGCGUCAAACUGUGAUGGCGUUUCGCCCAUCACCAUCUGGUGGCAGCUGCCCAAUGUCAUGUUGGGCUCCAUCUCGGAAGUCUUCGUCAACAUCACCGGAUAUGAACUGGCCUACGCUCGUGCUCCACCGAACAUGAAAUCGAUCGUCAUGGCACUGUUCUUAUUCAACACUGCGCUCUCACAAGCGCUCGCUGAGCUUCUAGUACCCGCAAUCAAAGACCCUCACCUCAUCUGGGUGUGGGCUGGCCCUGCUAUCGCUCUGGCUGUGCAAACCAUCAUCUUUGUAUGGCGACAUCGUCAUAUGAACGAUGAUGACUUCAUGGUGUAUGAAGACGAGGAUGCUGCGGAGAUUGUUCGGGCGGUUGACACAGACAAGAAAUAGAUGCAGGACAUUGGCGAACAUGGUGCGAUAGAGGUGAUCGGUUGCUCACUAUCAGUAGUGAACCCAAAGCACAUGCUUGGCUACCCACUCCAGCCCAGUGUAGGUAAGACAAGAAGCUGCGUUUAGCUUAAAUGGAACGAGUGCUGCCAUAGCAUUCAGACGUCCCCGUGAUGAAAUCGUGGCUCUCACGAACAAGAUAGAUAAGCUCAUGAACGCCAUCGCCAAUCUUGAAAGACGCAAAGGCUGUCUUGGUCCUGACGAAGUGCAGAUUCUGGUAGAAAUGGAGCAUGAGUGGAAGCGAC